CCCUUAUUUUCAUAUCACCAAUUCAACAUUUUAUUAUAGACUUAUUCCCUUACAUCUAUCAGACUUACAGAGCUUCCCAACUUCUAUUAUUGAUCAUUUCAGAAUAAGUUGUUCAGUUAGUAUUUCUGGUACUUUUUAUAAUCAGUUAGCAUUUGAUGAGGCUCAUGAAUCGUGCAUAAACAAAGACAUUAAACGCGUAAUUGGUCUUUCAAUGGAAAACACUGUUCAAAAUAUUAAGUACAUGCAUUUUAGAUCUCUUGUCCACAAAAAUUUAUUAUCACAACUCCCUCGGUCUGAUGAGACAUCAAAUAUAUAUAGUGAGCAAGAUACAUCAUUUAAAAAAAUACAGGAAGGUAAUAUCCAGGCAAUUUUGACCAAACUAUCAGAAUCAGAGCUUUUUUUAACUAGGCCUUAUCAAAGUGAUAUUAUUAUUUCACCCCUACGCCACAUAUUUUCAAAGUAUGAGGCAGAUCUUGACCAAAAAACUUCUCUUUUAAAUUUUCAUCAAAAAUCACAUGAGUUAUACACAGCCUUUAUCAAAUGUCAUAUUUUAAAGGACCAGUCUGCUAAAUCUGUUCCUAGAACUAAAUACACUUUGAAAACAUUUGAAAUCAAAAAACCAUCAUCACAUUCUCUAAAAAAACAAUUAAAUGAUCAAUCAAAAGUGGUGAAAUGUUUAAAAAAACAAAUUGAAAUAUCCCAAUCCUCCUUCAAACCUUGUGAAAAUAUUCACACUGUUUCCCCCUAUCCUUUGUCUAUUUGUAAUACCAUUUGUGAUAAAAAAGGGAAAAUUACACAAGUUACUGCCUUUAAAAAUUCAAAAUCUGUCACAAAAUCCUUUUUUGAAAAGCGUUAUAAAGAUUGCUGUCCACCCAUCUUCCAUUAUGGUGCACUGCCUCUUAGUUUUGAGCCCAAGGUUUAUAUUAUUGAUGGA